AUGUCUGGAGCUCCAUCUUCACAUUGUGCUGUUAGUGAAGCUUCCACACCGGUUCCAGGUGAAGUCUCGGCGCAGGAGGAAGAUCCUGAAGGUUUUGCAGAUUUAUCCGAGCUGCCUGUUGAAGUUAGCGAAAGGAGACCGACUUGUUUGCGAUGCUGCCGACCGGAGAAGGUGUGUUUAUGUCCAUUUCUCCCAGCCGAGCCGCUGGAUGUCUCCACCUGCCUGUACAUCGUCCAGCACCCUGCAGAGGAGAGUCGAGUUCUCCGUACCGUCCCUCUGCUGGCCGCCUGCUUACCUCCAGGCAAAUGUAAAGUCCUGAUUGGAAGACGGUUUAGUGAGGAGAGACAUGUCGAGUUGGCCACUGUGUGCAGAGACGCACACACCCUCGUCCUGUAUCCCGGAUCUGACGCCGAGAACCUGGAGGACAUGGAUGUGGACUUCACCGCCACUCCUCACAACGUCAUUAUAAUAGACGGCACGUGGAGUCAAGCCAAGGACAUGUUCCUCAGAAACGCUCUGUUACGCUUACCCAAACAGGUGCAGUUAAACAGCGCCCCGUCCAGUCAGUAUGUGAUCCGCACUCAGCCCACCAACAUGUGCCUGUCCACUCUCGAGUGUGCUGCUGUCACUCUGUCCAUUAUGGAGAAAAACCAAGCCAUACAGGAGGUUCUCCUGAAGCCUCUUCGAGCUCUGUGUUCGUUCCAGCUGCAGCACGGUGCUCAGGUUCAUCACAGCAAGGAGCACCUGCUGAAGAGCGGCCUGUACGACAAACCCCUGCCCAAAAACAAGCGCAAGAUCAAGAGGAUGCAGAAGCUCAUCACCAACCAGGACAUCUGAGUACGAGCGGGAAAUCCGACUAACACCAGAACCUCGGACUGUCUGACUACGACCGUGACUGCAGACUGCGACUGGGAUCUGAUCAGAACCAGAACCUCGGACUGUCUGACUACGACCCUGACUGCAGACUGCGACUGGGAUCUGAUCAGAACCAGAACCUCGGACUGUCUGACUACGACCCUGACUGCAGACUGUGACUGGGAUCUGAUCAGAACCAGAACCUCGGACUGUCUGACUGCGACCAGGACGUCUGACUAUUCUAUCCAACCAUCUGAUCACACCCAGGACAUCCGAUUACCCGACUACAUCCUGGACUUAUGACCGAGACCUCUGGAGCAGAAAUGUACCCUAGAGUUUUAUUUAUUAUUUUGUUUAGUGCUGAUAUAAUGGAGGUUUUGUUUACUGCUGGAACACUAAAGUACAGAGUUCAUCACUGGCAACGUCUGAGUCUGAUGUUAAAUUCUGGAAAUAUUUUUGAGUGUAGGUCCAUUAAAGGCUUAUUGUACCUUUGAAGCACUGAGCUCAGAUUUCAGGGCUGUUUUGUUGUGGUUUAUUCCCUCAGAACCCUACAGGAACGUACGGCUCGAUGAUGAGUGUCAGUAAGUCCAGUCUUUGACAGUUAAAUCUUUUCCUGUAAGCAGAUCCUGUGUUCUGACACCAGCUGGUCUUAAUACAACCCAAACCUGCUGCUUCUGUGGACCGUGUUUCUCACUCUUCUCUUCUUAAAAACUGGUUUUUGUUUUGUUUGUUUGUUUUUUUACAGUUUAGAAAUGAACAUAAUUUUGGUGAAUUUUCUGGAAUAAAUGAUUUUAUAAGGA